AAAAUGGAUAACCAAGCGGGAAUUGAUAUACAAGAGUUGUCUGUACAUGGUAUUUCAUUCCAAAGGACUCCAGCAUCAAUGAUUCAGGAAUUUGCUACCAGAAGAAAUAUCCCUUGUAAAUUUGACCUCAUAGACAAUACUAAUCCAUCAUUAAACAAUGUAUAUAAGUAUAGAUUAACAUUAGGUGACGAUCAAACUGUAGGUUAUGGAACUUCAAAAAAAAGUGCUAAACAUCAAGUAGCUUUAAAUAUGCAUAACGUUUUAAAGCAACAUAAUCCGCGUUUUAUUGAAACUGAAUUUAAGCAAAUUGAUUUUGAAAACCCAGUUGAUGUUUGUAACGCUAUUAAAGUAAACUUUGUUGGCCAACUAUCCAAUUUAUGUGUUAUUAACAAUCUUGGAAAACCAGUUUAUGAGAUAGUACGAGAAGAAGGAGAGCCACAUACUAAAUUGUAUACGUUUAGUUGUCAAGUAGCUCAAAUGGUUGAAACAGCUACAUACAAGACCAAAAGACAGGCCAAGAAUUUAGCUGCUUUUCAAAUGCUGAGAAAAAUAGAAUCCAUGGAAUUUACUUUAGUUUAA